CGAACGGUGUCAUUACGUGUAUGGCCACACGGAGUGAAAUAUUUUCAGUACUGACUUUUGGGGGAGGCCGAAAAGUCCGUAUAGUAUUUUCUCCGUUUAAACCACAAAAGAGCAGCCAUGACUGAAAAAGUGGAUCUGAAGCAAGUGACUUCCCAAGUCUUCAAAGAGUCAUUGCUGACGGGAAUACCGAGCAUGGUUGAAGAGAGGAAUUUUGCUAAGAAAGUAGCAAGAAUGAUAAUUUUAUCAGUCUGCAUCGUUGGAUUCAGUCUACAAAUGUUUUGGUUUAUGGAGCACUAUUUCACGUAUCCUACUGUUGUAGAACUGAAUAUAGAAAAGAUGGAGAAAUUUGUCUAUCCUGCCAUUGUUUUCUGUAAUGGCAGUCCAGUCCGAAGGAGCAAGUUUUGUGAAAAAUAUCCUGAUAGAUGCAAGGUGCCAGAUGAUAUUCCAAAACUUUGCCAAACUCAUCCACAUUAUUGUACUGGAGAUGCUGCGAAUAUGAUGUCAAACUCAACUGACUUUUUGAUUCCAAAUUCUGUAGAUGAAUGGUUCGAAUUAGACGGCGUUGACUAUCAAGAACUUAGUUUUGAUCUCGACUCGAUGCUACUUAAAACUUCGUAUAAAAAGGAAGUAUCCCUCCAGAAAUAUGGUUUUUCAACAAUGGACGGAUUGCUGCACAUCUGCUACAGGAAAUACUUCCGUGGCUAUGACGAACGAGACCCAUUUGAGGGAGAUACUAAAGGUUCUCAUUUUGUGAUUUGGAAUGGACACCCAUUUGAUACUUUUGUCCUCAACUUCGAAACUCAAGACACUUUUCACCCAAAUGUGAAACCUGGGGGCAUUUUUGGAAUACAAUCUCCUUACGAAACACGAUUUGACGUUGUUCCAUUGGCACCUCAAAAAAGUUAUGAAAUUUACAUAGAGCUGGAAGAAGAAAGAUUACUACCUGCUCCGUAUGCUACUGAUUGUAGAAAUUACACCGAAGAGUGGCUUGAAAACAAUAAAACUGGUCCAAGAUCGAAAGAGAUGUGUCAACAAUUGUGCCAUGAAGUGCUGUCAGAAACUGUGUGUGGCUGCAUCACAGAAAUUGUAUUCCUAGGAAAUUUGUUUCCGCAUUACAACGUGUGUGCGAAUGAGGUACGUGAUAAAUGCAGUGACACAAUACGUGAAAAUGCAAAGUAUUAUGAAGAAUGGCGUGCAAACUGUACAGCCGCUUGCAAGGAUGACUGCGUAAAAUGGAAAUUCAAAUUUAGAGUUCAGGAGUUUGAUAACGGGCCUUCAUUUGGAAACUAUACAGACGUUGCCACUGUUGUCCUGAAUGUGAGAGAGCUUCAAAAAACAGUAAUGUCACAUAAGCCGAAAUAUGAGGGUGUGGAAGUGUUUAGCCACGUCGGUGGAUUUCUUGGUCUUUGGCUGGGAUUUUGCAUUGUGGCCUGUGUAGACUUUCUACAAUCUUUACUAGUCGUCGUCUACUACGCUUUCAAAAGAUUCAUGAAAGAUUACAAUGCUAAACGGGAAGAACAGUAUUUUCCUGGACAAGAAAGGGAGAAAAAAUAGUCCUUAAACUUUUGUCUUAGAAGCAAAACUUCAGAAUUUUUGCAUAGUCCUCUUAAAUUUGUUGUGGUGUGAUAACUUUUUGAACUUUGUAAAACAUUGUUGCUUAGUGCAGGAUAAUGUGCAUGCUAAUGUUCUGUGUAUAGCAAAACGAAAAAAGCUUUUUUUUUUCAAUAGAAACUCGGAUCUAAAUAUCAAUGUAGCAUGAUAAAUGUAGUUCGCCUUUUUUAGUCCACAGGUGAUUUAGUUUUCAACAUUACUAGAAAACGUAAACUUUAGAAAUAUUCCUUAAAAAAGAAUUUUUAUAUAUGCUGUAAAGAAUGGAACAUUAAAUUUUAAAAAAAAUAUUUGAUUGAUUGCUUUAUGUGAUUGCUGAGGCAUAAAUUGGCAGUUAUGUGAUUUUGUUAAGACCACUUAAAGUUUCUGCAAAUUGUUUUAGAAGUCUUUCAUUAUAAAAUAACAUUUUUAUAAAUGCUGUAAAUAAAAGAAGAACAUCCAGCAUUAAAAAAUGUUUGACUGAUGUCUUAGUGUGAUUGUGCUUCGGUAUAAAAUGCUUGUUGUGUGGUUUUAGUACGAAAAAUUAAACUAUCGUUGAAUUUCUUUAAAAAUGCUUCAUAAAAAAUAACAAAUUUUUUUUAAAAAAUUUGUUUAAUGUGCUUGUUUUGGCUUCAAUUUGAAAAAAGAGGUUUGAUUGAUAGCUUGAUGUGAUUGCUUUGACU